CCUUUCCUCCGCACCACCAUCCACGAGAACAUGAGCGGAGACGCAGCAGAGGCUGGGGCUGGCGCAGGCGGAUGCUGCGCGGUCGUCUUUUACACCAUUUUCGCGCCAUUCUGCAACACCAAGUCGUGGGGCAGUGGCGGGUCAAACGGCGUCGCGGGGUGCUGUGGGUCGUGCUGCAACCGGAGCUUUAACGAGGACAGCAUGGACAAGUGGGACGGGAUAAAACGGGACGGGGAAGGGCAGGGAGGGGAGAAGCAAACGCAGCCUGGGCCAACAGCGGCUAUGGCCAUGCCCGCAAAGACGGAAGGGGCUGUUGCAGAUUCGUGA